AUAGUUGUCAUGCCGAAAUUGGUUGACGGCCUAGUUCGGUUUCUAUAAAAGGCCCGUACAAUAUUGGAGAAUAUACCAUAGUGAACCUCACCGGGAAACCGAAAAGCCCCGUUUAAUCCACCAUGAUACUAAGUCAAAGAAAUGGCAUAAUUGUGCGAGUUAUGAAGGAGUCCGACUAUCCAAUAGUAAAAACCUUCUUGAGGGACUACUUUCACUACGAUGAACCCAUGGGAAUGGGCCUUAAGGAGCAAAUUCAUCUACAGCACGAGGAAGAAGUGGAUAGGCAAUACCUGGCGGUAAUCACUCAGGGACUUUCUAUAGUAGCAUUGGACGAUAACAAUGGAGGACUACUGGUUGGCAUUGCCGUGGCUGAGACGAUGGAUUGCAGCGAAAUGGCAAAGCAGCACAAGGAAGCCGACGAAAUGGAGCCCAAUGCCUUGGGUCGCAGCAGGAAGUUGAUAGCCAAAAUGGAGCGCGAAGCGAAGAUUUUCGAACGCUUCGGAGUCUCCUCCUACAUGAAUCUGCUGGCCAUCUCCGUUCACCCCUCUAUGAGGAAAAGAGGUCUAUUGGUCAUCCUUUCCCGCUCUCUUCGUGAGUUGGGUCGCUUGCGAGGACUUCCACUGUUUAUCGGUAGCGGCACCAAUUACUACUCCACCCAGGUGGCGAUGAAAGAGGGAUGUGAGAGCAUCCAUUCACUGGCCUAUGCUGACUACAAGGACGACCACGGCCGACCUAUAUACAAUCCACCAGCGCCCCAUACCCACAUCCGGGUUUUGGCCGCAAAACUUUAAGUCAACUAGACUUUUUAGUAAUUAAGCAAACGUUUAACCUUAGAUUCUUUGGACUUGACAAUUGAUAAAUGUAAUCGUGCUGGAAACUUAAAUCCAUAUGGAGAAAAUAAAGCUAUUAAAU